UGUUGAAAUUCUAAAUUUUUGUAUCUAAAUUAAAAGUGAUAUUAAUUUGGAAUAUUUAUUAUAUUAAGAUGUUAUGAAUAAUGAUAAUUUAUUAUGGACCAAUGAUGGUCCAUUCAAAAACUUGAAAAAUGUUAACAACCAUUAAAUAGCCGAAUUCAAAAUUUCUUAUGCGGCUGGAAAUUUGAAAUGGUUUUAGUAGGUAAUAAAUUACCAUGGUUUACUAUAAUGAUGGUACUAAAAUACCAUCUUUCGGCUUCGAUCAUGUGAGUCAAAAUAAUUUAACUUCCAAACCAGGAAGAAAAAAUAAAAGUUCGCAACAACGCCCAGGCGUGAACAAAAGUAGCGAAUAUUCUAUCCCAAAGGGAUAUCUGCGUCAUGAGAGGUCUCAAACGCAAGCACUUAAAAUACAACAAGAACCAAUCAGGUCCCAAAGUGAUAGUAAAUCUAAGACCUUAAAGAAAAGCGAAAAGACCGAAAAUUAUUUUUUUCACGAAGAAUCAAAAUCUAAGAACAAAAAUGCAAAAGAAAUGACUGUCAGACAGAUAAUGAAAAAUGCGUCAAAUAUCACGAACGAAAAUAAAAAAGGUAUUAAAAAUAACAACAUGAAAACAGCUGGAGAAUAUAAGUAUCAAGAUAAGUGUAAUUGUAUAAGUAGUAUUACAUUACAUACGCUGAAUGGAAGCCUUAAUCCAUACUGUAGACAUAAAACACAGAGAAACUUACGUAAAACAAGUUUGUCUAGUCACAGUAAUAAAAACAAAACUGGUAAACUGGCAUUACAACAAGUAUCAAAGCUAAACAAUGAUGUGUAUGGAAAACCACGAUCUAGUCCAUCUUCCAAAAUAAUUCAGAGUGAUAUUGAAUAUAUAGGCGAUCCCUUUAAUUUAAUGCAAGUUAAGGCUUGGAAAGUAAAUGCUAGUAAACGAAACGGUUCUAUUGAGGGAACCAUUAACGUGAAUGAUAUAAACAAAAAUGCUAAAGCAAAAUCACGACAUCAUGGCUUGUGGACGGGUGACUCUAAAAAAAAUGACCCCAAGCAAAUCUAUGUUUCAAAUUACUCUGAAGUACCCGGUAAACAAAAAUCUUUUAAGUCUAAGCCAAGUUAUAAAUAUGUUUAUCCGGUUAAUAACAAAAAAUACCAAGAAGGUGAUUUGCAAAAAAACAAAACAAGCAAUCAGACAAAUAUAGCAGUUGAGUCACAGAAAAUGAGAACUAUUAGGGGACGUCAAAGUAAUGCGCUAGGUCAGAAAUAUAAAUCACACAGACCUAUACUUUCAAGUCUGAUUAGUAAAAGUAAAGAUCAAAAAAGGUAUAAAACACUACCCAUUGACGGAAAAACCACCGACGUGAAUGACAUCACUAAAAAUGUUGAUACAAAAUCACAAGUUGAUGGCUUAUUGAAAACGGCACAAAUUAAUACUGACCGGACGGGUGAUUAUUUGAAUGUCAAGCAAGUUAAACCUAAGCCCGAGGUACAAAAGUCUUUAAAAAAGGUUCAGACAAACCUCCAAUAUGGUUAUUCAGUUCACAGCAAAAUAGAUCCAGAUAGUAAAUCACAAACAAACAAAAUAAGCACCCAGAAGAACAUUUUGAAUAUGAUAACUGAAUCACAGAAAAAAAUAAAAAAGUUCAGGCGUCGUAGAAGCAAUGCGUUAGGUCAGGAACAUAAAAAAUCUCGUAGUACAAUAUUGUCAAGUUUGAUUAGCAAUAAAAGAGAUCAUAAAAGGGAUAACACAAAAUCAAUUGAAAAAACCACUAUUACCGUGGAUGAUAAGAAUAAAAAUCAGGAUGCAAAAUUACAGCUACAAGGUUCAUUGAAAUCAACACUUAAAGAUACUAGUGAGACGAGUGACUAUUUAAAUACAACGCAAGUUGGUCCUAAGCAAAUGAAACAAAACCCUAUUCGAAAAUCUAAGCAGAUAAUUAAAUGUGAAUGUGCAACUUAUAACAAGAAGCACAAAAAAACUAAUACAAAACAACCUAAGCGGAAGGCUGCACCUAAAAAAGAAAAACCCAUAAAGAAAUCUAAGCCGAUAAUUAUAUGUAAAUGUCCAAUUUAUAGUAAAAUAAACCAAGAAACUGAUAUGAAAAAAGACAAAGUUGAUACUCAAAAAGACAAUACAAUUGGCACAAAUGAAUCGAAGGUGAUAAACCAUAUAAGUAGUAAAAGGCCUGAUCUAUUUGAUCAGAAAGAUGAGAUUCAACAAGAUAAGAAAUCCCGUAUGACGUUAAUUUCAAAUUGGUUUAGUAAACAUUCAAAAAGUUUUCAAGGAAAGUAUAAUAAAACAACCAGUGAGGGAACCACCAGCAAAAUGGACGAAAUAAAUAAAAAAAAUAUCGUGGAAUCACAACCAAAUGGUUCUGAUACUAAUAGGAAGGAUAAAUAUUUGAAUAAAAGAACAGAUACAGUUCAAGAAAAAUAUAAAGCUAAAUCCAUUGACGGAAGAACUACCAACGUGGAUGCCAAAAAUGAAUUAGAUCAGAAACAUAAAAUCUCGCGUACAACAAUAAUUUCAAGAUGGUUCAGCAAUAUUACCAAAAGACAUCAAGAAAAAUAUAACACAAAAACUAUUGUGGAAAACACUACCAACAAUGAUGAUAUAAAUAAAAACGUUAAUGUAAAAUCUCGCCAUGGUUCAUGGAGAAAAGUACAGGAUGGUACUGAUCAGGCAGGUGACAACUUAAACAUUAUGCAAGUUGCUCCUAAAGAUAUGUAUGCCACAAAUCAAACUGAUUUACCUGUGAAACAAAAACCUAUAAAUAAAUUAAAGCAGAAACCAGUAACAAAAAAACAAAAACCAACAAGAAAAGCUAAGCAGAAACAAAAACAAAUAAUAAAAUCUAACCAGGAGCCUCUACCUAAGAUUGAAAAACCAAUUCCGUGCUAUAAACGUAAAUGUCCAAUUUAUGGCAAAAUAAACCAAGAAAUUGAUAUGCAAAAAAAAGUUGUAGAUUCUCAGAAAUACAAUAAAAUUGGCACAAAUGAAUCACAGAUAAUAAAACAUAUGAGUGGUGAUAAGCGUAAUUUAUUAAAUCAGAAUGACGAGAUUCAGCAACAUAAGAACUCCCGUAUGACAUUAAUUUCGAAUUGGUUUAGCAAAAAUACAAAAAACCUUCAAUUAAAGCAUAACACGAAAGCUAGUGAAGGAACCACAAGCAAAAUGGGAGAAAUAAAUAAAAAUGUUGUCGUUGAAUCAUCACCAGAUGGUUCUUUGAAAGUACUAUCUAAUGUUAAAAAGGGUGAACAUUUGGAUACCUUGCAAGUUGAUCCUAACCAAAUGUAUGUCUUAAAUCAAACUGAUGUACCUAAAAUACAAAAAUCUAUAAGAAAAUCUAGACAAAGUAAUCAAUAUAAUUAUCAAUACAAUACGAUUCCCACAGCUAAACCACAGGAAAUAAACAAAGAAGAAGAAAAUGGUUUACAAAAACCCGAAAUAAGCACCCCCAUGAACAAUCUGAAUGUUUUACCUGAGUCACAGAAAAAAAUUGAUACUAUGCAAGUUGAUCCUAAUCAAGUGUAUGCUUCAAAUCAAACUGAUUUACCUGAAAAACAACCUAUUAUAAAAUCUAAGCAGAUAAUUAAAUGUGAAUGUGCAACUUAUAACAAAAAGCACAAAAAAACUAAUACAAAACAACCUAAGCGGAAGCCUGCACCUAAGAAACAAAAACCAAUAAGUAAGUCUAAGCAGAUAAUUAUAUGUAAAUGUCCAAUUUAUAGUAAAAUAAACCAAGAAACUGAUAUGAAAAAAGACGAAGUAGAUACCCAAAAGGAUAAUACAAUUGUCACAAAUGAAUCGAAGGUGAUUAGUGGUAAAAAGCCUGAUCUAAUUGAUCAGAAAGAUGGGAUUCAACAACAUAAAAAUUCUCGUAUGACAUUAAUUUCAAAUUGGUUUAGCAAAAGUAAAAAAAAUGUUCAAGGAACGCAAGAUGGUGUUAAAAAAUCCAAAGGAAGCACCCCGAGGAACAUUCUGAAUGUUUUAACUGAGUCACAAAAAAAAAUAAAAACAAUCAGGCGACGCAGGAGUCAUGAAUUAGAUCAAGAACAUAAAGAAUCACGUAAAACAAUUUUAUCAAGUUGGAUUGGAAAGAAUAUAAAAAGAGAUCAAGAAACGUAUAACAAAAAAGGCAUUCAGGAAACCACUAUUAACGUGGACAAUAUUGAUAAAAAUCUUAAUAGCAAACCGCAACUACGUGCUUCUUUGAAAUUUGUAAACAACAAUACUGGUUCAACGAAUGAGUAUUUAAGUACUAUGCAAGUUGAUCCAAAUCAAGUGUAUGCUUCAAAUCAAACUGAUUUACCUGAAAAACAACCUAUUAAAAAAUCUAAGCAAAUAAUUAAAUGUGAAUGUGCAACUUAUAACAAAAAGCACAAAAAAACUAAUACAAAACAACCUAAGCGGAAGCCUGUACCCAAGAAACAAAAACCAAUAAGGAAGUCUAAGCAGAUAAUUAUAUGUAAAUGUCCAAUUUAUAGUAAAAUAAACCAAGAAACUGAUAUGAAAAACGACGAAGUAGAUAUCCAAAAAGAUAAUACAAUUGUCACAAAUGAAUCGAAGGUGAUAAGUGGUAAAAAGCCUGAUCUAAUUGAUCAAAAAGAUGGGAUUCAACAACAUAAGAAUUCUCGUAUAACAUUAAUUUCAAAUUGGUUUAGCAAAAGUAAAAAAAAUCUUCAAGGAACGCAAGAUGGUGUUAAAAAAUCUAAAGGAAGCACCCCGAGGAACAUUCUCAAUGUUUUAUCUGAGUCACAAAAAAAAAUAAAAACAAUCAGGCGUCGCAGGAGUCAUGUAUUAGAUCAAGAACAUAAAGAAUCACGUAAAACAAUUUUAUCAAGUCGGAUUGAAAAGAAUAUAAAAAGAGAUCAAGAAACGUAUAACAAAAAAGGCAUUCAGGAAACCACUAUUAACGUGGACAAUAUUGAUAAAAAUCUUAAUAGCAAACCGCAACUACGUGCUUCUUUGAAAUUUGUAAACAACAAUACUGGUCCAACGAAUGAGUAUUUAAGCACUAUGCAAGUUGAUCCUAAACAAGUCUAUGCUUCAAAUCAAACGAAUUCACCUGAAAAACAACCUAUUAGAAAAUCUAAGCAGAUAAUUAAAUGUGAAUGUGCAACUUAUAACAAAAAGCACAAAAAAACUAAUACAAAGCAACCUAAGCGGAAGCCUGCACCUAAGAAAGAGAAACCAUUAAGAAAAUCUAAGCAGAUAAUUAUAUGUAAAUGUCCAUUUUAUAGUAAAAUAAACCAAGAAACUGAUAUGCAAGAAGAAGUAUUAGAUACUCCGAAAUACAAAAAAAUUGUCACAAAUGAAUCAGAAAUGAUAAGACAUAUGAGUAGUGAUAAGCGUAGUCUAUUAAAUCAGAAAGAUGAGAUUCAGCAACGUAAGAAUUCCCGUAUGACAUUAAUUACAAAUUGGUUUAGCAAAAAUAAAAAAAAUGUUCAAGGAACGCGUAACACGAAAGUAAGUGAGGGAACAACUAGCAAAGUGAACGAAAUAAAUAAAAAUGUUAUCGUAGAAUCACGACCAAAUGAUUCAGUGAAAGCAGUAUUUGAUGAUACUCAUAGAAAAGGUGAACAUUUGGAUACCUUGCAAGUUGAUCCUAAUCAAAAUUAUGCUUCAAAUCAAACAGAUUUACCUGAAAAACAACCAAUUACAAAAUCUAAGCAGAUAUUUAAAUGUGAAUGUGCAACUUAUAAUAAAAAGCACAAAAAAACUAAUACAAAGCAACCUAAGCGGAAGCCUGCACCUAAGAAACAAAAACCAAAAAGAAAAUCUAAGCAGAUAAUUAUAUGUAAAUGUCCAAUUUAUAGUGAAAUAAAGCAAGAAACUGAUACACAAAAAGUCGUAAUAGGUACUCAGAAAUACACAAAUGAAUCACAAAUGAUCAGAUACAUGAGCGGUGAUAAGCGUAAUCUGUUAGAUCAGAAAGAUGAUAUUCAGCAACAUAAGAAUUCCCGUAUGACAUUAAUUUCAAAUUGGUUUAACAAAAAUAAUAAAGGAGAUGAAGUAAAUCAAAAUGUUCGAUCAAAAACACGAUCGAAUAAUUCGGCAAGAAAAAUACAUUUUAGUACUGAUCUGAGGGCUGAAAAUUUAAAUACCAAGCAAGUUGAUCCUAAACAUAAAUAUAUUUCAAAUCAAACUGAAGUACCUCAGAAACAAAAAACCUUAAGAAAAUCUGAGCAGGUUAUUUGUAAAUGUCCAGUUUAUAGUAAAUUGAAGCGGAAUCACAAAGAAGAAAUUGAGUUACAAAAAGACAUAGCUGACAAGUCAGAGGAAAAACUGCAAAAGAAGAAGAAUACAGUAUUUUCAGGUCGGCAUAGUAAAAAUCAAAUAAGGGAACAAGAAAGUUAUAACUUAAAAGUUGUUGAGGGAACUGAUAAUGAAUUAACCGAGAAAGAUAAACUUUUAAGAAAAUCAAAGCUAAGGAUUAUAUGUAAAUGUCCAUUUAAAAGCCAAAUAGGUCAAAAAAGUGAUGUGCUAAAAGACAACAUAACUACUGACAAUACAAUUGACAAAUCAAAGGAAGAAAUGCAAGAGAAGCGUCUACGCAAAAAUAUUUUUUCUAGUCAGCGUAGCAAAAAAACAGCAAAGGAUCAGGAAAGCAUUAACACGAAAACCAUUGAAGGAACUGCUGAAACUGAAGUGCCGAAGAAAGACAAACCUUUGAGAAAAUCUAUGCAAAAUGUUAUAUGUAAAUGCCCAUUGAAACGCCAAAUAGGUCAAAAUAGUGAUUUACAAAAAUACAGCGAAGUAGACAAAGAAGGAACUACUGAAAAGAAAUUAUCGGAUAAAGAAAAAAAAUUAAGAAAAUCUAAGCAAAGUGUUAUAUGUAAAUGUCCAUUUAAAAGCCAAAUAGAUCAAAAAUCAAAGGAAGAAAUGAAAGAGAAGCCCACCCGAAAAAAAUUUUUUUCAAACCAGCGUAGCAAAAAAAUUUCAACCAAAAGGAUUGAUACGAAGACCACUGAAGGAACUACUGAAACUGAAGUACCGAAGAAAGAUAAAUCUAUGCAAAGUGUUAUAUGUAAAUGUCCAUUUAAAAGCCAAAUGGGUCGACAUAGUGAUUUGAAAAAAGACAGCAAAGUAGAUAUUGAAGGAAGUACUGAAACUGAAGUACCAAAGAAGGACAAACGUUUGAGAAAAUCUAAGCAAAAUAUUACAUGUAAAUGUCCAUUUGAAAGCCAAAUGGAUCGGCAUAGUGAUUUGCAAAAAGAUAUCAAAGUAGACAUGGAAGGAACUACUGAAACUGAAGUACCAAAGAAGGACAAACGUUUGAGAAAAUCUAAGCAAAGUAUUAUAUGUAAAUGUCCAUUUAAAAGCCAAAUGGAUCGACAUAGUGAUUUGCAAAAAGACGGCAAAGUAGACAUCGAAGGGACUACUGGAACUGAAGUACCAAAGAAGGACAAACGUUUGAGAAAAUAUAAGCAAAAUAUUAUUUGUAAAUGUCCAUUUAAAAGCCAAAUGGAUCGGCAUAGUGAUUUGCAAAAAGAUAUCAAAGUAGACAUGGAAGGAACUACUGAAACUGAAGUACCAAAGAAGGACAAACGUUUGAGAAAAUCUAAGCAAAGUAUUAUAUGUAAAUGUCCAUUUAAAAACCAAAUGGAUCGACAUAGUGAUUUGCAAAAAGCCAGCAAAGUAGACAUUGAAGGAACUACUGAAACUGAAGUACCAAAGAAGGACAAACGUUUGAGAAAAUCUAAGCAAAGUAUUAUAUGUAAAUGUCCAUUUAAAAGCCAAAUAGAUCGACAUAGUGAUCUGCAAAAAGCCAGCAAAGUUGACAUUGAAGGAACUACUGAAACUGAAGUACCAAAGAAGGACAAACGUUUGAGAAAAUCUAAGCAAAGUAUUAUAUGUAAAUGUCCAUUUAAAAGUCAAAUAGAUCGACAUAGUGAUUUGCAAAAAGCCAGCAAAGUUGACAUUGAAGGAACUACUGAAAAUGAAAUACCAAAGAUGGACAAACGUUUGAGAAAAUCUAAGCUAAGUGUUAUAUGUAAAUGUUUCAUUAUUGGUAAGUCUAAGCGGAGUGGUUUACAAAACGACAACAUUAAUACUGAGAAUAACAAAAAAAAUGAUAAUUCAAAGGAAGAAAUGCAAGAGAAGCUUACCAGCAAAAAAAUUUUUUCAAGUCAGCGUAACAAAAAAACAGCGAAGGAUCAGGAAAGUAUUAAUACGAAAGCCAUUGAAGGAACUGCUGAAACUGAAGUACCGAAGAUGGACAAACGUUUGAGAAAAUCUAAGCAAAGCAUAUGUAAAUGUCCAGAGCACAAAUCAUUGUUGAUUCCUACUGAAACUGAAAUACCCGAGAAACACAAGUUCUCAGAAACAUCUAAGCAAAAUAUUAAAUGUGUUUGCCCAUUUCAUAGCAAAAUGGAUCAACAAAGUGAUACAAAUGUUCAGAAGUACAAAAAAAUAUCAAAAGAGAAGAAACAAGAUAAGAAUAUCCGUAAAUCAAUUUCUAGUCAGCGUAACAAAAAGACAGAGGCCAUUAAGGGAACUCCUGCUGUUUAUAGUAAAUCUAAUAAAUGUGUUUGUCCAUUUAACAAAAAGUCAAAGAAAAUUAUACAUAUAACAUCAUUAUUAAGCAGGUUUAGCAAAAAUAGAAAUCAAUGCGUUUGUUCAUAUAGUAAAGACCAUAAAAAUAUUAAUAGAAAAAAAGACAAAAUAAGUAAUGCCAAAUCACAAUCAGAUGAUUCAUUGAGAAAGUCUAAUCACAGUACUCAAUGCGAUUGUCCAUUUAAUACUAAAAUACGCAAUGAGCGUACGGGUAAAAGAACUAAAGAUAAUAUUUGUAUAUGUUCGCGCAAAAGAAAUGAAACGGAUGAGAAAAUAUCUAAAAAUGUACGAAAGUCACAACAGAAGAAACCUCCCUCAAAAUCUUCUGGAAAAGUUAGUGAAAGUACCCAAAAGUUCAUAAAGACGAUAAAACUUUAUCAAAACCCUGUUCAAGAAAUAAGGAAUUUUUGUAAAGAUAACAUUUGUUCUCAGAUUUUUAGAAAAGGUGAUUCACGAAAGAAAAGUGCUGUUAAAAGAAAAGAGAAAAUUGGUUCUCAGAAAAUUGAAGACGAUUUGAAAAAAAAAAAGAUAACACGUGAUUUGCAUGAUAAACAUAGACAAAAAAAUAAAAAGCAAGCUAAUACAUGUAUAUGCAAAGUACCACCUUCACAAACAUCACAAACACCAACUGGAUUCAAAUUAAAUAUACUAAGCGUAGAAGACAGAAAUAAACACAGAGUUGAUAGACGUAUACCUCCUAAAGAAGUAAAGUCACGACCACGUGGUUCCAUGGGUAAGGUUCGCGUGAAAGGUAAAAAGAUGAAAUCAGUAUUUAAUUUAUGUAAAUGCAUUGUCAAAGUACAGUCACAACCAGAUGGUACAUCGGCUAAAAUUAAAAAGAUAAAAGAAAAAAGGAAGACAAAAGAUAAAAGGAAGACCAAAGAUAACAGGAAGAUAAAAGGCAAAAAUAAAUACACAGCUAAAGAAAAUGAUACCGCAAAAUCACGCAUGAAAAAUUUGUUAAAUAUUUUUGAUGAGUCCCAUGUAAUGACACGUGAUCAGACUGUUGAAAUACCUGAGUGUAAAUUGACCAAUAAAUGUUCAGGCCUAGAUGACAUAAGAAAGGUAGAUUACUCUCCAACAUCGUAUCCACAAGAAAAACCAAUUGAUGUUAAAUUAAACUCCGAUGGAAUGAACAUUGUUAAUUCUGAAGAAAUAUUGGAAAAAAUGAGAAAACGAAAAAAAAUUAAAUUCUGUAAAAGGUGUAAAAAGGGUUACAGCGUUUCGGAUGAUCUAUUAUCACAGGAAAUAAACUAUCCCGAUGGGUAUAAAUAUAAGAUUCCAAUUGACUUGAAAGUAAACUCUGAUAAUAUGAAAGUUAUUAAUUCUGACAUACUUAAAAACCAAAAUAAAAACAAAAAACCGCUCUGCAGUAAAUGCAAAAGAAUAUAUAGUCAAUAUGGUAUUGGGUCUAAACAGGUAAAGAAAUUUGCAAAAUGGCGGCAUCUACAACAACCAAUUGAAGUAAGAUUAAACUCUGAUACCAUGAAAGUUAUGAAUCAUGACGAAAUAUCAUGCGACAUUAAUAAGCGGAAGAAAAAUCAUGACAAAAUGUUACGAAAAAUUAAUAAGCGGAAGAAAAGAAAAUUCGGUAGUAAAGAAAAUAUAAGUUGUAGUAAAUCUGACAAUUGUUUAACAGGGAAAAUUAACUCUUCAAAACGGCGUACGUCUAAAAAACAAAAAGUAAAACGAUUCUGCGGUAAAUGUAGAAGGAAUUGCAGUAAGCCUGGGUCACUAAAUGAAUGGGAAACGAAUCCUCCACUUGAAUUAACUAGAGAUGAAAUGAAGGAUUCCGAUUCUGAUAAAAUAUUACGAAGCGUCAAUGAUCAGGAAAAAGCCACACCUUCCAUUAAAAACAAUAGAAUCGUUAGUAAAUCUGAAAACUGGUCCCCACAAGCAAAAAUUAAACUAAAAAUUAAACCGAGAAUGCAGGUUCAAAUUAAAGAUGAAUUGGCAAAGGUACGUUCUGAUAACAUUUCCGUACCAAAAGAAAAAGGCAAAUCUAAAUUAAAUAAAGUAGUUAAAACCAAACCUCAAAAAAGCGUAUCGAAAUUAUUUAAGACAAAAAGCGGUAAACUGGAGAACAAAAACAAACAAAGCAGAAUGAAAUGUCCAGAAAUAGAUUGCAAUAAAAAUAUGACUGAUAGUGAGUUAUUACAGAAAAAUUACGAAACAGACCGAAAACCUGAGUUGAGUUUAAUUCGAGAUGGAAAUUGCAUUUUAAAUUCGAACGAAGUGUUACUAAACUCUAAGAAUGUCUUAAAUCCGAGAAGAAUUAACAAAUUCUCUUGUCUUUGCAAAGACUCCUUUUAUAUUAGAUGUGAGAAUGAUAAUUGGUCGCGAAGUACUAAAAAUAAACUAUCGAAUCAACCUUACUUGACAUCAAAAAAAGGAAGAAAUUUGACAAAGGGACCUAAUAUUAGCUCCGUUUUCUUCAAAAAUGGAAGAAAACGUAAUGUUCAAUGCAGUUCUGCCCUUUGCCAAAAUACAGAAGGUCAGGCAGUUCAAAAUGAAGGUUUUGCUAAUCCUAUUCCACUAACAAAUACAAGUGACCAGACUGUUCACAGGGAAGGCAUUAUUAGUCCUUCAAAAAUUGUUACUUCAGCAAGUAGAAGUAAAAGAAAACAAAAGCGUGGGCAAAAGAAAGGCGCUUAUAGUAUUUCUUUGACAAAUAGACCAGACCCAGUUAAAAAGAAAAGGGUUAUUAGUCCUUCAAAAAUUUUAGGUAAAAAACACAAAAGCCAAAGUGACCACGCUCGCCUAGGUCAAUGUAUAUGUUCCGAUACUAAGCACAAAGGCAAAAUUAACCACGCUCGCCUAGGCCGAUGUAUAUGUUCCAUUACUAAGCACAAAGGCAAAAUUGACCAUACUCGUCAAGAUAAAUGUACAUGUUCCAGUACUAUGCACAAAGGCCAAAGUGAUCAUAGUCAUCUAGAUAAAUGUAUAUGUUCGAGUACUAAAUCCAAAGGCCAUACUGACCAUACUCGUCAAGAUAAAUGUACAUGUUCCAGUACUAUGCACAAAGGCCAAAGUGAUCAUAGUCAUCUAGAUAAAUGUAUAUGUUCGAUUACUAAAUCCAAAGGCCAUACUGACCAUACUCGUCAAGAUAAAUGUACAUGUUCCAGUACUAUGCACAAAGGCCAAAGUGAUCAUAGUCAUCUAGAUAAAUGUAUAUGUUCGAGUACUAAAUCCAAAGGCCAUAUUGACCAUACUCGUUUAGAUAAAUGUGUAUGUUCGAGUACUAAAUCCAAAGGCCAAAUUGACCAUACUCGUCUAGAUAAAUGUAUAUGUUCGAGUACUAAAUCCAAAGGACAAAUUGACCAUACUCGUGUAGAUAAAUGUAUAUGUUCGAGUACUAAAUCCAAAGGACAAAUUGACCAUACUCGUCUAGAUAAAUGUAUAUGUUCGAGUACUAAAUCCAAAGGACAAAUUGACCAUACUCGUGUAGAUAAAUGUAUAUGUUCGAGUACUAAAUCCAAAGGACAAAUUGACCAUACUCAUUCUAAUAAAUGUAUAUGUUCGAGUACUAAGCAAAAAGGCAAAAGUGACCAUACUCAUUCAAAUAAAUGUAUAUGUUCCAGUAACAAGUACAAAAGCAAAAGUGAUAAGACUGUAAAAGCAAUCAAAGCAAAAGUUAUAAAUAAAUGUUUGUGUCGCUUUAUGGUAGAUAAAUGUUUGUGUUACAAUAAAAAGGACAAAGGUAAAAGUGUAACCACUGUUAAAGGUAAAAAAGAAAAAAAUAAAAUUGACAACACUCCUCGAAGUAGGAGUAGCAAACAUGUGAGACGCAAAAGUGUUAUUGUAGAUAAAAAAAGCAAAUCUUCAAAAAGCAGUAAUUCUGUUAUAUUAGUGAACAAAAACGAACAGACUUCUAGGCACACAGGUAAAAACGAAAUUAAAUCAGCUAAGAAAGGAAAACAAAUCAAGAAAGAAAAACCAGAAAGGAAAACAAAAUCUGUAACGAGUAGGCGACAAAGCGAAGAUAAGAACAGGCAUAGUAAUAUAAAAACUAGAAGUAUUAAAUCAGAUAAAAGAAAAUCUGUGCAAGGUAAAUCUGUGAAGACUAGUCCUCAAGUUAAGAAAGUCAAACCUAGACACCAUAAAAAAGCCAGCAGUUCAAUAUCAUCAAAGGUAAAGAAAGAUCAAAUUAAGAGACAAAUGAGAGCCUCAAGGCAAAAACAUGUUAAGAAACGAAAAAGAGACUCGAAGAUAAAGCAGGAACAAGUUAAGAGACGAAAAAGAGACUUGCAGAUGAAAAACAAAGCAUCGAAAAAAAGAAAACAGGCUUUAAACAAAAAUAAGGAGAAAGAAAAACAAAUUAUGAAAAAUCUUAAGAAACCUGAAAAGAAAGACAAUUUUAAAAAAGAAAUUGCUGCCGGACGUCGUAAAUUCGAAAAAGAUUUAACGAGAGAAAGGAUGAGACAAGAGAAAGCUGCCAUGAAGAAACGAAAAAAAGAUAUAAAGAAGAAAAAGAAGGAACUUGCAGGAUUGACGCAAACGCCUGAUACGGAAACAUCAUGGUGGGCAGAAUUUUUCAGAAUUGUUCUCUCUUUAUUUGGGAGAUCUGUUUGGGCGAUGUUAAAAGCAUCAUUUAAAUUAAUUUUCCAGCCAAAAUUAUCAUAUUAUUAUAUGAAAAAUAGAGUCCAAAAUCCAGUUGGAACUGCGCAGAGAAUUUCAAAACACAUUUCAGAUGAGUGGAAGAUGAUAAAACUCAAGUUACGAAAUGCCGGAGCGGGGUCUCCAUCUUACAAUGUCAUUAUGGACACAGUAAAAGAAAACUUAAUAUUUUAUGAUCUGUUUAACACCGGGAAGACUAAAGAAGAAAAGGUGGAAAUAGAGACAAAGAAAAAGCAAAGAAGGAUAAGAAUACGAAGGAGAAAAGAUCAUGCAUUGCAUAGUUGUAACCACACACUUUUGCACACUUUGAGAAAUUAUCCAUGUCUGUGGUUUUAUCAUGUUUGUCCAGCUAUGUACCCGCAAUGUCUCAGUUUUAUUGUGUUCAUGCGGAAUUUUUGGCAUGUAUGUUUGUUCACUUGUGCUGUGUGUUGUUGGACCCCUUGUAUUGCAAUGAUUGAGAUAGUUCGGCAGCUGUGUUGCUGUAUGUUUUGUGUUCAGUAAAUAAAUUUGUUAGGGAAGUUGA